AUGCAACAAAUACGUCGAGAUGAGGAGGCAGAAGUUUUAGAUAGAGCUAAAAGAUCUCGUCGUCGUCAAGGAAUAUUGAGAGAAGGUAGAUCCCCUUCUCCUUCAAUACCACGUCAGCGCUCAAAAAGAAAAUCUGAAAUUCCUGAAGGGACCAAGUUGUUACAUUAUAAAAGGAUAAAAAGACCUGUUUCGAAGAAAAAAUCAGAACGUUUAUCAAAGGCAUGGGUGGAAAAAUUAAAUACAAUAAAAGGGCGUACGAGUGGAAAAUACAAAUGGGCAACGAAGAAGCCGACCCAAGAAGAUAUAAGUUCUCGACAUAUCGGUGUAAAAGGGCGAUUAAUUGGAAAGAAAUGGGCUGUAAAGAAGCCUUCCCAACAGGAUAUAAAUAGAUUUAAACCAAAUUUAUGGUGA